GGCUGCGUUAUUUGAAUAUAACAAAUAUUUUGGAUUACUCAGUGUCUUGUAGGAUUCUAUCACAGGUUGAAGCUUGGCAGCAUUUGCUAAGAGACUAGUUGGGUGUCAUGGACCAUGUACAUGAGCUAUAAAGACGCCACAUUUCCAUUUAUCACACGCACAUCAUCUUCAUAUUGAUAGUGAGAUGGAAGCGAGUAUGGAGGCUGCUGUCUGGUGGAUUUAAUGCGAUGAAUGAAAGUCCCGGUCAUCAUUGACUCAACGGUGGAUGACAGCGAUGAAGAAGAAAAGGUUUACCCAAAUCCUGUUGUGGAAGAUAGAAACAUUGAGUUUGCAAAGAAAUGUAGUGAAUUGAUCAGCGAUGUUAACUACAAACAACAAUACAAGAAAUCAAAAGGAAAGAACAAAUUUGUUCCGGAUACAGUUACAUUAAAAAAUGUUUCAGAUUCAAUAUCUGAGACAAAAUACAAGGAAGCCAGCAAGAAAGAACUCUCGAACACUCUGUACAUGAAGAUGCCAGCAACGAUAGAUAUAGCUUUUGCAAAACAAGUCACACAGCUUCAAAGUGAGGCUAUUUACAGACAAAAAUAUGAUUCAGAAAAGGGAAAAUCAAGUUAUGCGCAGAUGUUGGAGCCUCCAGAACUUAAGCAUGCAAUGGAAGUCAAUAAACACCAGAGUGAUAUAUCAUAUAGAAAAGAUCUGUUGGACACGCACAAGUAUACAGAGGUGUUGAACAGACCAGAUAUCCAAAAAGCAACAGAGAUUUCUAAAAUUAUAAGCAAUGUUGAUUAUCGAAAAGACAGAGGGGAAAUGAACAAGGAAUCGGCCGUUUUAGGACGACCAGAUUUCGAACAUGCAAAAGAAGUUUCAAAGCUUGCCAGUCAGGUAAAAUAUAAGGAACAAUUUAAUAAGGACAUGAAGGGCAAGAAGCCAUGUUACAACCCUUUGGACAGUGCCUCCUUCAAGCAGGCCCAGGCUGCAUCUGUACUGGCGAGUGAUGUGCAGUAUAAGAAAGACUUAAAUAACAUGCAUGAUCCCGCUCUCGACUUGCCGAAUUUACUUUAUCUUGAACAUGCGUUAAAGACCAGCAAGAUGCAAAGCAAUACAACAUACAAAAAACAGUUUGAAGAAAACAAGGCCAUGUAUAGCUUUGCUUUGGAUACAGCAGAGCAGAUUCACCAUAAGGAAAACGCUAUCCUUCAGAGUCAGGUUAAAUACAAAGAAAAAUAUGAGAAAUCUAAAGGCAAAUCAUUGCUGGAGUUUGUUGAUACUCCGUCAUACCAAGUUUCAAAAGAGGCCCAGAAGAUGCAGAGUGAGAAAUCAUACCGGAAAGAUUUUGAAGAAAGCAUUAAAGGAAGAGCAGCAGCAGAUAUGGACCUUACACCAACAUUUCUUCAUGCAAUGCAUGCUUCUACUCUGCUAAAGGAGAAAGAAUACAGAAAAGAUUUGGAAGAAGGGAUCAAAGGAAAAGGGCUUAGUGUCUUAGAAGAUACUCCCGAUUUAAUAAGGGUGAAGAAUGCUGCUCAGAUAUUAAGCGAGAAACAAUAUAGGAGAGACCUUGAAAAUGACAUAAAAGGAAAAGGUAUGGAGCUUAAUGCGGACAUCCCUGAUAUUAUCAGAGCUAAAAGGGCAUCAGAAAUCAUCAGCCAGAAGGAAUACAGGAAAGACUUGGAAACAGAAAUUAAGGGGAAAGGAAUGCAAGUUUGUGCUGAUAACCCAGAGAUACAACGUAUAAAGAGGGUAUCCGAAAUGGUCAGCCAGAAAGAGUACAGGAAGGACCUGGAGACCGAAAUCAAAGGGAAAGGAAUGCAGGUUGGUCCAGAUAUUCCAGAGCUACAGAGAGCCAAAAGAGCUUCUGAGAUCAUAAGUCAGAAAAAAUACAAAGAUGAAGCUGGCAAAAUGCUUUCUACAUAUUCCAUAGUAGCAGACACUCCAGAAAUUGAGAGAGUCAAAACCACCCAAAAGAACAUAAGUUCAGUGUUAUAUAAAAAGGAGGUGGGGGCUGGCACGGCUGUUAGGGAAACGCCAGAGACUGAACGAGUUAAGAUAACCCAGCAAAAUAUCAGUGCAGUAAAAUAUAAAGAAGAUAUUGGACCUGCCACGGCCAUCUCAGAUCUACCAGAAAUAAAGAGAGUUAAAGAAAACCAAAAACAUAUUAGCAAUGUACAGUACAGAGAACAGCUGUAUAAAGCCACCCCUGUCACCAUCACUCCAGAAAUGGAACGCGUCAAGAAGAAUCAGGAACAUUUCAGCACGGUUCACUACAAGGAAAAAAUAGGAAAAGCUACUGACGUUAGCCUUACCCCUGAGAUGGAGAGAGUAAAAAAGAAUCAGGAAAACAUUAGUUCGGUUAAGUACAGCAGUGAUUUGAAGCAAAUGAAAGGAAGAUCUAAUGUAAAUUUAGACACACCAGAAAUGAGACAUGUCAAAGAAACACAAAACAACAUAUCAAUGAUUAAAUAUCAUGAAGAUUUUGAGAAGACAAAAGGUAGAGGAUUCACCUCAGUUGUGGACGAUCCAGUGACUGACCGUGUAAGAAAGAACACACAAAUUGUCAGUGAUGCUGCCUACAAAGGGGUUCAUCCUCAUGUUGUUGAGAUGGAUCGAAGACCUGGGAUGAUUGUGGACCUCAAGGUUUGGCGCACUGAUCCAGGCUCCAUCUUCGACAUUGAUCCUCUGGAAGACAAUAUCCAGUCUAGGAGUCUGCAUAAGUUAACUGAGAAAGCAAGCCUUUAUAGUAAGCACUGUUGCCACUCUGCUGGGGCUGCUGCAUUGAGUCAGGGUGAUGACAGGUCAGAAGUAUCCGAGAUGAACCCUAGUUUUUCUUACUGCAGUGAGGGCACCAGGGUAUCUGAAGAAGGAGCUCCGGUGCUUCCUGGUGCCUACCAGCAAUCCCCGCCCCAUAGCUAUGGAUUUAUGGCCCAGUCAAGUACAUCUUCCAUGAGGUCCAUGCAUUCACCGCAUGCACAGCAACAUUCUCCGAGCUUGAAUACAUACAGGGCAAUAUAUGAUUACAGCGCACAAGAGGAUGAUGAAGUAUCCUUCAGAGAUGGUGACUAUAUUGUUAACGUGCAGCAAAUUGACAAAGGCUGGAUGUACGGCACUGUUCAGAGAACUGGAAAAGCGGGGAUGCUUCCAUCCAAUUACAUUGAGCUGGUUAACUAAGCGCCUGGAAUCACUUCUUCUGUAUUAUACAUUCUGCGUUUUAUGUGAGGAUUAGGAGGAUCAAGGAUUGUUUAUUAAUCAUUAUUUUCAAACUUGCAGAAAUAUACAUUGAAAGUCACAGGCUUAUUUUUUUAGCACUGCUAUAAAAAUCAUUGAUAACAUCCAGAUUCAC